UCAACAAGAUUGUAUGAUUGAACGCAUAACGUUUCAGGCAUGGACGACUGAUUUUGGCUAAAACCAGGUGUCAAUUUGAACACAUGUAAAUGAUAAAAGAAAAUGGUGUAAAUUAGAAAUCCUGAUGUAUAUUAUAACAAAUUAUGUAAAUGAUAAAACCCAAAAUUAAUUAGAAAACCUGGUAUUUCACUUUCACUCUUCAGACCAGAAAGAAACCCCAUAGUACGAAAAAGAACCUUAUCUUGGAUUCAACACCUAACCUGAAAUAAAACACUGUAAACCCAAAACAGAACCUUUGGUCACAAACUGAACCACUACUUACAGAUUGAACCACAGGCGUUGCUUUGAAAUCUGAACCCCUUUACCUGAACUGCAUCUCAUCUCAAAUGGAAAUCUAUUUCUUGAAGCCUCUGAUAUCAAAUAGAAAUACUUGGUUCAAAACCAUACUUUGAAAAAAGAGAACAGUUAGUCUCAAAGAACCUCAAGAUCUCUAGCAGAACCAUUGGCUUUGAAAGGUGUUCAAUGUGGCGCGGUCACAAAUAGAACCAACAACAUGAAAUAGAACAUGUAUGAAAUAGAACCUCAUUCAUUAAAUAGAACCCAUGUAUGAAACAGAACCCCCUUGCAUGGAAUAGAAGAUAAUGAAAUAGAACCCCAUGCAUAGCAUUUAAACCCGUUAAUUCAAUAUAACCUCAUGUAUUAAAGAGAACCAGAAUCAUAAAAUAGAUCCCUGGAUCCAUACAGAAUCCUGAUCUCAAUAAAAUAGAGCAGUUCUAUAAUAGAGCUGUUCUAAAAUAGUGGUUCUAAAACAGAGCUGUUCUACACUAGAGCUGUGCUACAAUAGAUCUGUUCUACAAUAGAGCUGUUCUACAAUAAAAAUAUUUUGAUAUAUAAAAGGGAAACCAUCGUUUUGAACCUCUUCCCCUCCCUUCCCCUCAUUUGAUCCAAUUCAAAUAAAUUAUAAUUUUCAUAAAUUGUAAUCCUUCCCAUCAAUUGUAAUCCCUUCCGUCAAUUGUAAUCCCACCAAUCAAUUAUAAUCCUUCCCAUCAAUUGUAAUCCCGUCAAUUUUAAUCCCUCCCAUCAAUUGUAAUCCCCUGGAACACGAAUGUAAUCCCUCCCCCCUCAUACAGAACACCAGCCUCCCCACACGACCCCAGCCUCACUGUGGUGCCAUACAGAGUCUGAGUGCCACACCUGCGGUCGACGCCCCAGGGAAGCGGGUGGUGGAUAGGGCGUCCCCAGCCUUACUUCGCGGGCCUUCCUACCAACCUCACCCUUAUAUCCGGCCAGACAGCCUACCUCACCUGCCGGGUCCACAUGCUGGGGGCCAGAUCCGUGACGUGGAUGAGGGUGCGGGACCUCCACAUCCUGACAGUGGGCCUCGUCACCUACACAGCUGACGACAGGUUCCAGGUACUACACAGCUCGGAGACAGAUGACUGGACGUUACAGCUACAGUCCAGCCAACCACGAGACUCCGGCGCCUACAAGUGUCAGGUGAACGCUGACCCCAAGAUCGCCCGGAAUGUCUACCUUACAGUCACAGACAAGCGGGUGUUGGACGGCCAGCUGCACCGGAGCCCGCCCUUCCCUGGCGCCACUGGGGAGUAUGGGACAUACAUCCUAGGGGCGCGGGAGAGGUUCCUGCAGGCGGGGUCGUCACUGUCCCUAGUGUGUGUGGUGACCCACACUACAGCGCCGCCCACCGCCCUCCUCUGGUACCACGACCACACCGUCCUUGACUACGACUCCCCCAGGGGCGGCAUCUCCCUCCAGGUGGAGAAGACCGGCGAGCAGACCACAUCAAGACUGCUGUUAUCGUCUGUGGGGACCAGUGACUCCGGCAACUACACCUGCCUCCCCGUCAACGCUCCCACGGCCUCUGUCUCUGUCCACGUCAACAGUGACGAGCUACGGGCGGCCGUGCAGCAGGAAGUCUUCAACAGAGGUUCCUCCGUCACCGCCAGCCGUGGUUCCCACCUCCUGACGCUGCUGGUGACGACUCUGCAGCUCCUGCAGACAGCAGCAGCAGCAGCCCUCAGCACGGCUCCCAGCAGCUCAUCCUAGCAGCAAUGUCUCUCACAGCCUUCCUUGUCGGCCCUGUCUGUGAGGUCACCACAACUCUUGUCUUGGGUGAUGUAAGGUCAAAGUUCAACUUGGAAGAUACGAAACUUAAUUCUGGAGUCUCACUGGAUUUCCCCUUAUUUAAUAUAUAUAUAUAUUUUCAUUCACUUGGAAAACCGAAGAUUUGAACUGGGGUUCGGAAAAUACGAAAAAAUACAUUAAAUACGUUUUAUAAAUAGACCGUGAUGAGCAGGUAAGGUAAUUAUCAGUUGAGAGACAGUACAAACUAUAAGUUACUGGACUGACCAGUCGUGUGUCAGUAGGUAAUUAGACGAAGGGCGUGGACUCUAGCUCUUGGGCUCCCUGAGCGGCACCGGUGACUACUCCACUAUCAUCAUUGGCCCAAAAUUUGGGAAAGCGCCUUCUUUUACGAACCAUAGGGUUAAUUACUCUAUUUAGCAUUCAUGUGUUAUCAAACGUUUAUUAUACUCAAAUGCCCAAAAAUAUAACAUUUAUGCUAUGCCCCUCUUGAAGAAAUAAAAUGCUCUGUCAUCUA